CGCAUUACUGAGCUUCACAUUCCUCAUCCCUAUCAACUCUACUACUCCAUAGUUAAUUUGCUAUAGAAGAUAGAUAGUUUAUAACUUAUGGGUUUCAUGAAUUCUUAUUGCGUAGCAUUUCUUUGCAUCAUUGUGCUCUUGCCUGCACUAUGCCACGGGGGAGAUUAUUACUCCUCGAGAGCAACCUAUUAUGGUAGCCCUGAUUGCUUAGGAACUCCAACCGGAGCUUGCGGGUUCGGUGAAUAUGGAAGAACUGUCAACGAUGGUCAAGUUUCUGGAGUCUCCAGCCUUUACAGGGGUGGCUCUGGAUGUGGGGCAUGCUAUCAGGUAAGAUGCACCGUUCCAGAGCACUGCACUGAGGAGGGAACCAAGGUAGUAGUGACUGACUAUGGUGAAGGAGACAAAACAGAUUUCGUCCUCAGCACAGCUGCCUAUGGAAGAUUGGCUCGUCCUUACAUGGCUGAACAUCUUUUUGCCUACGGUGUAGUUGAUGUAGAAUUCAAGAGAAUUCCUUGCAAAUAUAAUUACAACCUUUUAUUCCUAGUCCAGGCACACAGCAGGUACCCCGGAUAUUUGGCACUCGUACCGUUAUACCAACCCGGUGCUUAUGACAUUACUGCUAUUGAAGUGUGGCAGGAGGAUUGCAAGCAAUGGAGGCCAAUGCGGAAGCCCUCUGGUGCAGUAUUUGAUAUGACAGAUCCUCCAUUGGGUGCACUUACCUUGAGGUUCCAAGGGACUGUGUAUGGCUACGGAGAUUCCAGCUUUUGGGUGCAAUUGACUAAUGUGAUCCCUAGUGAGUGGAAGGCUGGAUACACAUAUGACACUGGCAUUUCAGCAUGAUGGAUUAAUGAUUAAUCUCUCCCAAACUCAAGAUUAUAAUAUGAUCCAAAGUAUUCUGCAGCCACAAGUAUGAGCUGCUUGUGGAGUAGUACGAUGUAUUGUUGUAGGAUGUUUUCACUUGUGCUGUUUUUGUAUUGCUGUUUGAGAGACAAUGCCCCUCAUAGACAUGGUUCUUUUAGGACAUAUAUAGUCGCCUCAACUUUCUUUAUUGUAACCAUGGAUAUCAUAAAUAAAGUUAUUCUGUCAAGUGAUUCUAUAAAAAUAA